AUGCCGGCCCCGGGCGCCCCGGGAGCCGCCCGCCUCCUGCUGGCCCUGCUGGCGGCCGCCCUGUGCGGGCCCCCGCGGCCCGGGGCGAGCGCCGCCUCCAACUCGGUCCUGCACUCCAACGCCAUCAAGAACCUGCCCCCGGCGCUGGGCGGCGCUGCCGGGCACCCGGGCUGGGCGGUGAGCGCCGCCCCGGGCCUCGCGUACGAGGGCGGGAACAAGUACCAGACCCUUGACAGCUACCAGCCCUACCCGUGCGCCGAGGACGAGGAGUGCAGCCCCGAGGAGUACUGCGCCAGCCCGGGCCGCGCGGGGGGCGCGGGGGGCACGGGGGCGCCCGUCUGCCUCGCCUGCAGGAAGCGCCGAAAACGCUGCAUGCGGCACGCGAUGUGCUGCCCCGGGAAUUACUGCAAAAACGGAAUAUGCAUGCCUUCGGACCACGGUCACUUCCAUCGAGGAGAGAUCGAGGAGACCAUUCUGGAGAGCGGUGGCAACGACCACAGCACCCUGGAUGGGUACCCCAGAAGAACCACCCUGUCUUCGAAACUGUAUCAUACCAAAGGACAAGAAGGCUCGGUCUGUCUCCGAUCAUCAGACUGCGCCACGGGGUUGUGUUGCGCGCGACACUUCUGGUCCAAGAUCUGUAAACCUGUCCUCAAAGAGGGCCAGGUGUGCACCAAGCACAGGAGGAAAGGCUCCCACGGGCUGGAGAUAUUCCAGCGCUGUUACUGCGGCGAGGGCCUGUCUUGCCGGCUGCAGAAGGAUCACCAUCAAGCCAGUAACUCUUCUAGGCUCCACACCUGUCAGAGACAUUAAGCCAGUCGUCCAAACACAGUGGACUCCUUUGCUAGAAUAUGUGCUAUGAAAACUUUGUGUGAUUUUUGUCCGCUCAAUCCUAGAGGAUGUACAAAUUCUGUGGUUAUGAUUACGCAUUCCAAUAAUACCUUCUGAAAAUCUGGAGUGUAAGAGCUUUGUUUCUUUAUGAAACUCCCCUGUCAUUGAUUGCAGUAAAUUACUGUGUUGUAAAUUCUCGGUGUGGCACUUACCUGUAAAUGCAACAAAACUUAAUUAUUUUUCUAAAGGUGCUGCAUUGUCUCUUGUGUCUCUUGUUAUGUAAAUUUUUGUACACAUUGAUUAUUAUUCUUGACUAAUAUUCUAUAUUGAAUUGAAAUAAAUAAUUUCAGCUUCUACUUCCUAAACGCAUAACCCUUUCCCUUUUAAUUCUAGACUCUAGAAGGCCAGGAGCUUUUGGAAUGACAAAUGAUAGGUGUCCGAGUUUAAUCACGGAAAUGCUAGCUUAUUUUCUGAAAUGUACUAUCUCGGUGCUUAGAUUAUAUUUAUCUCUAGGCUGUGAUAGUCCUUGAAAUAAAAUUUAACAUUUAAUACCACGAAAUGUUACAAGUACAGAUAAAUUUUGGCAUUGGGAUCUUAGGGGUGUGUGUGUGUGUGUGUGUGUGUACGUGUACGUGUUCUAUGGGGACGGAAAGGUGACGUGUUUCAAGAUGGUCGGAGGAAGAUCCUGACUAAAUGAAGGCAGUAUCGAUCAAUUCUAGAGUACUUUUUUUUUUUUUUUUUAAUUCUAGAGUACUUUUAAAGAAAUGUGUUCUCCACUGACAAACUCAAUCACGGUGCGAUCAUGAGAUUGAAUCUCACAUUACUGCUUUUCAAAAAUGGUUUCCAAUAAAUUAAUAUCUACUCAAAUGGUAGAUUUUUUUUUUUAAUUGUGACAUUCCUUUAUUGAGCAAUAAAGGAAAUUUCCCACAAAAUACCAAAGUACUGGAUGGGUUGGCAGGAAGGGUGUGUGUGUGUGUGUGUGUGUAAAUACAAUUGACAAAUACAUGCAGAUUUUGUACCAAAUUACUAAAUUUGAAGCAUCUCCACUACUCCAUGCCAGGAAGACGUGUUCUAAUU